CUUCUUCUUCAAAAUCACAAUCAGGAAAACAUGAUCAACUUUCCACUAGUCGGCGUGUGCUUUUUAGAAAAUUGACUGCUAUCAGGCCUGCAUCUCAGUUAAAUACUAAGCAAGAAAGUGCACCU